AUGCUCAAUGUCAGACUAUCCGCCGCGCCGGCACCAAUGGCAGCCUCUCGCAGCCACGUCCACGACGACCCCGUCUUACGUGCGCCCCGUUUGGCACGCAUGCCUGCUCAGCAUAACAACGCUAAUCAACCUGGAAUCCUCAUCGCAAUGCACCACACGCCUUAUCCCGCCUCAUGCAAGCCGUGCACUGGCGGUGCGCUAGAUCUUCAAUGCCCAUUGAAAUUUCCAUUAGGGGCCCAGCUAAAUUGCCUUUCUCCUCCAUGGCCAUCCAUGGCCCAUGACGUUGUCCGAAUCGCCUGUGCUCAUCCAUUCUGCGACACGCGCGCCUCUGCUGCCAGGUCGAGCAACCGUGUCGAGUGUGCAGUCGCAGCGGACAACGUUGGAUAG